AUGGUUGUAAAUUUUGGGUCAAACGAUAGAGGAAGAUUGGAAGAUUUCAGCAGCAUUGAAGAUGCAAGCUAUGGCCAAGCAUCAAAAGCGAAUAAGAGAUGUCUAGAAGAGCAAGAAACACUCCAACAUUUUAAGCAACACACCAACCGUAAUGAAGAGGGAUGUUUUAUCGUACAGCUUCCCACCAAGCAGGCAAUCAGUGAAAUAGGGGCAACAUUGCCUAUGGCGACCGCACGUUUCUUGAAUGUUGAAAAAAGAUUACAACAUGAUGAGCAUCUAAAGGCUGAAUACAUACGAUUUAUGAACGAAUAUAUUGAAAUGGGACACAUGUUUCAAGUAAUGGACGAUUUGAUUCAGACGCAGAAUUCCUUUUAUCUAUCACACCAUUCGGUAAUAAAAGCGUCAAGUUUAACUACAAAAGUCCGAGUGGUUUUCGAUGCAUCUGCCAAAAGUAUAUCUGGCGUAUCUCUUAAUGAUGUCUUGAGGUGUGGUCCAGUUGUUCAGCAAGAUUUAUUUUCAAUUCUCAUUCGCUUCCGCAAGCAUCAAUUUGUCUUAACUUCGGAAAUAGAAAAAAAAAUUUCACCAAAUAAAGGUGGCAAAGGAAGACUGGGACCUACAAAAAAUUGUUUGGAGAUCCAGCCCUGA